AUGCUCAGUCAGCACUCGCCCUUCGACUCUCUGCAAGUUCAACUGAUCAACUCCCUCGCAGCAAUGGAGCACGCUGUCCCCGAGCCCUGCUACACUUGUCGCAAUCGUCGCAUCCAAUGCGACCAGUCCGGGAUCCCGUGCACAAAAUGCGAAAAGGCCGGCCUGGAGUGCUUCGACAAACGGCCGCUGCGAUGGGUCAAAGGCGUGGCGAUCCGCGGCAAAAUGCAGGGACGCUCGUAUGAGCGCCGGGCUGGGGCAUCGACGGCUAAGAGCGAGUUGGCGGUAUCGAGACCUGGGAAUAGGCAAGCUCAGGCAGUGAAAAUGGUUCAUUGUGAGAAUCAGGACCUUUUCCAAGGCCCGAUGUCUAUUAUACCACUUGCGCUGCAAGACCCGGCCAUUUCAAAUCUGGAUCGAGUCUCGAAGUAUUACAUAGAUUAUUACAACGAUCGCAUCUGCAAGCUCUUUAUAGUCUAUGACAGCGACAGAAACCCCUUCCGAAGUCUAAUAUCUCUCGGCUUGAAGGACCCUGUCCUCCUAAAGGCCAUCCUGGCCCUGGCUGCGCGGCACAAUGCCAAUACAGGCCACUCAUUCUAUCAACACGACGAACCUAAAUCACCUAUAUUCAUCCACGCCAAUCGAGAUGCAUUCCUCUUCAAACAUCAAGCCAUGGAGGCUCUGUCGCGUGCCUUGAGCCGUUCAACAGUGGACAUCCAAGACACCAAGGUGGCCGGUAUCUUUCUUCUCAUCUUUCUGGAUCUCCUGGAAUCAGGGAGCGACGGGUGGAACUUUCAUCUGGAAGGGGCCAAGAGUUUGAUCGCGUCCCAUCGACUACUUCCAGUUGCUCAGCCGGGAAUCAAUCAGGGGGCAGGGCAAACUAUUAAUGAAAUCCGGGAUUUCAUCACCAAGCAAAUCCAUUUGAUCGAAACUCUCGGGGCAACCUUUUUACGUCCGAAAUUGCUAUCCCAAUUUACAUCCGCCCAAGAUCUCAAGCUCCAAGAAACAAUUGAAAAGUCAUUCCUGGGAUGUCCGGAAUAUCUCCUGAUGGCCAUCCAGUCCCUCUCCGCACAGAGAGACAGAAUCGCCGAAUCAGUGCCCCUCGACGACACCGCCACCCGCUCCCAUAUCCAGGAUGUCACCACCAAGAUCGCGUCCAUCCAGUGCUUCGACUGUGAAUCAUGGGUCUCCAGCCUGUACUCUCCACAACCAUCUGCGCAAAAGACCAGCAACCUAGUCAUGUUGUCACAGUCAUACAAACUCGGCGCAUUGAUCUACGGACGACGAGUCUCGGAUGCCCUCUGUGAAAAAGUCACCCAGCAAGACGAAUUGGUCGCCGAGUUGUUAGGUCUGAUCGACGCCCUGCGAGGGGAUCAGGCUCUGUUUAAGUGCGUUCUCUGGCCGAUGAUUGUUGCCGGGCUGGAGUGUCGACAGCAAGCUCAGCGCGAGUUUCUCACUGGAUGUUUGGAGGAAUUCUGGGUUGCCACUAAUUGUUUGAAUGUCAUUAAUGCUGCCAAGAUUUUGCAAGGCUAUUGGCUACAGGAUUCUUUUGAGGGCGCUUCGUCGGGUUGGAUUUUUGAUAUUGGGCGCUUGGGUCGGGAUUGGCUUUUAAUAUAG